GGAUACUAUAAUUUUGUCUAUAAAUUGAUUCCGCCUCAAGAGCACUCAUUACUCAUUACUCCACUUUCUCUUUUACAUAAAUUCACGAUAAACAUUUGUGUCCAAGCUCCUCAAAUUCACAGCUCUCCCGCUACACCUCUCGGUUUCGUUUCCGAUUUCCGCCUUAUUGAGCAACUGUGACUAAUUAUUCGAAUAUGACUGAAAUUCGAUUCUAACUUUGAAGAUCUCGUUUGAUAUUAAGAAUGGCGAUUCUUAAAUUCUAGGUCCAAUUUAGUGUUAAGCUAAUUUGUAGAAGGCUUAUAGAGAUAAAAUGGCCUUUGAGCACUACUUUUCCCAUGGAUGGAGGAAGCAAAUUCCAGCUUCAAUGGCAAAUUCUGAGAAGUUUAAGCCUUGUUUUGAUUGCAACAUUUGCUUAGACUUCGCAUCUGAGCCUAUAGUUACCCUCUGUGGCCACCUCUAUUGUUGGCCUUGCAUUUACAAGUGGCUUCACGUCCAGAGCGCUUCCCUCGCCCCCGACGAGCCUCCGCAGUGUCCGGUUUGCAAGGCCGAUAUUUCCCACACGACAAUGGUCCCUCUCUAUGGCCGUGGUCAAUCAGCCGAACAUGCUGAGGAUGAUGCCAGAGGGACGCUCAUACCUCCUAGACCAUCAGCUUUUGGCAACAAGGCUCUAGCAACUAUCAGAUCUAAUAAUGCUUCUAGCCAGCAGUUUGCUUAUGGAGACCUAGAUCAAAACCAAAACUACAACUUUGAUGUGUAUGAUAGCUAUGAAGAGGACUCUGGCAGCUCGUUGUUUAGCCUCGAAGACAACCCGGUCGGAAGCUCUCAUCAUCCUACAGCUGGGUUGCUCGGAGGGACAGUUUAUGGUAGGCUUUAUGGGGACUCGGAGAACGUAUACCGACACCCAAAUUCUUAUGGUUUAAGUGGGAGUAAUAGUCCUCGGUUGAGAAGGCAGGAAAUUGUGGCUGAGAAAUCACUUAACAGGAUAUCUUUUUUUCUUUUCUGUUGCUUCAUUUUGUGUCUUGCUGUAUUCUAAUUACAAUUGGAGAUUUGUGUAGCUUUUCAUUUGUAACCAUUUUUGUAAAGGGAUAUGAAACUUUGGUACAAUAGAUUAAUUAAACACACCACAUUUUGUGUA